AUGGAGAACUGGGCCAUGAACGAAAACGGGGACCCUUCAUUCGGGGCCGUCAAUAACGUUCAACUGUUAUGGAAGCUACAAACCCUGCAAUCGCUUGGAAUUCCAGUCGACCACAAUGAGACGAUGGAACAGACACAAGAUUUUGCACCCGACCUUGCAACAGCCGAUAGUAGCAAUAGCUUUGUCCACGACGACUUGGCCCAGGAAGUAGACAAGCUCUUAAAUAUGCAACAAGAUCCUCUCAUCAAACAACAAAAUGAUUCAUCCGAUUUUUCUUUCUUGUCUGAUCCGGCCACUGCUUCAUUUCCAUUGUCAACUGCUUCUCCUUUUGAUUUGCAACAACAACAACAACAACUUCCAACAGCCGGUGCAUCGUCAUCCAAUACCACAACAGCUACUGCAACCACCACCACGACAAUGACAACUACGGCUACGGAUGAUGCAACGGUGGCUGUGUUUGCAGACCCAACUUCUUUGACACGUAAACGAUCUCGUUCACCUUCAUUGUGUAAUCCACUCGAUGAACCAGCCACUACACGAUUAUGCACCACAAUGGAUCAUCCUCCUGAUGCUUCAUCAUCAUUGCUGUUCAAAGACGAUUUCAUGGCACUCAACAUUAAUACCCAACCAAGGAUAUAUUCACCACGACCCAGUUUGCGAUUACAUAUGCAAAAAGGCGAGGUGGAUCCAAUGAAGCAUCGAUUGGAUGUGAAUGGAAUACGUCGGCUUACAUCAGCGAUAUUGAGACGACUUGGCGUGAUAAUGACAAUGAAUGAAUUGCCAGCUGUGGAUGUGAGCCAGCAUGAUGAGACCGAUUCGCAGCAUUUAUUACCCACCAAGGCAAUGGAAGUGAUUACAACCAUGAUUCUCGGCACAUCGGGUGAUAAGGAUGUAUCGCAAACGGGCAGCUCACAGAUAUCCAAUGGUGAUCUUGUGGCAAUACAACGCAUGGUGAUCGCUGCUUUGAGAUACAAAGGACUCAGUAUCAACACUAUUUUCCCCACCCAAAUCUUAUCAGCCAAUGCCAUUCCAGAACCAAGCAACACCACUGUCACCCCAUCAUCCAUCGACUACAUUGAUCUUUCCAAAGUGCGAUAUGAAUUAUCAUCACAAGUCACACGGCUCUUUUUGCGUCUCUAUCGCUUCAUCCUCAACAUGCUAUUAGCAACACCCGAUUGUUGGCCGUUUGUUCAACCUGUUCCCGAAUCCGCAGUAUUGUAUCACCAAGAAGUCAAGCAUCCCAUGGAUCUAUCUACCGUUGAACGAAAGGCAUGGAAAGGUGCUUAUACAACCUUUUCAAAGUUUGAGCAAGACAUCCUUCUUAUUUGGCAGAACGCCAAAUCCUUCCACAAGAACACUGGCACCAUUCCCAAACACGCUGAAAAGUUGGACGAGUUGUUCAAAAAGAUCGUAUGCCAUUUGAAAAAGCAGAUUCUUGUGAAUAAUGCUCAACGAAGUGCCACGCCCGACAAGUUUCGAUUCGACCCCCUCCAACCACUUCCAGAGGAGACUCGCCUAUCCGAUUCAUUAUUGGCAAGGCUCUUUUCAUGCAAUAGUACUGUAUAUACCAUUUUGACGAUUGGACCUUACGACGAUCGUGUACGAUUAAAAGGGCUUUCGAAUGAAAAGAUGCUCUAUCUUCAGCUUAAUGGACCUUUUUUCACGGCUGUACGGCAAAUGAAGGAGAAUCCAACGGGGGAUCACGUUACAAUACCACGAUUUUUCAUUGCAAAGAAUCGCACGUUUCUGGAACAAGUCAGCAGCUAUGGUGUAUUGGCCAUCUUUCACAAUGUUAGCAUGAAGCGUACGGAGCCAGGAUGGUACAAUGUGCAAUGUGAUAUGGUGAUUGCGUAUCCUGCUAGUCCAUUGUAUGAUAUCGAUCUUUUGAGCAAGGUGACGGAUGAGCAUUCACCACGCGCAUACAUUUAUCUACGUCCAUUGCGGAUAUUGGAGAAUAUGACCUUUCAUGUCAAUCAAGCCGUUGAACGUGAUUAUUUUCGACGACUCAAUACCACCAGCAAAAUUCCAGCCAUUUCACAAUCCGUGUACGGGAAUGAGGAUGUGGAUACAAAGAUCAUCUUGAGGCGAAUUGCGCAUGCGGCACUCUCACUCCGUUACGACAUGCAAGCUGAAAAGGAUGUACGGCAGCGUAUACAACAAAUACAACAACAACGACAACAUCAGGAACGUGAACGUAAAAAAGGUGGCGGUUCAAGUACGAUGGCAUUGGGCGCAAGGAAAUCAUUGUCAUCCAAAUCAAAAAAGGACGGUGGUGGUGGUGCUGCUGCCGGUGCUGUUUCUAGUCCAAAGAAACAAAUGUCCAUCACCAUGUUCACUGUACCAUCGCCUGCAAUGAAACGAGAGUCGCCUGUUGAAUCACCUGCUAUUAAACGAGAAUCGCCUGUCGCAUCACCUGCUGCUGCUAAACGAGAGUCGCCUGCCGAAUCGCUUUCUAUUAAACGAGAAUCGCCUGUUGAACAACCUGCAGCCAUACCCACUGUACCAGAAAGUCAAUCACCAGAUCGGCCUAGUGUCAUCAGCCCUAUUCCAAGUGAUCCAUCAUUGGCACGUGAGAUUGAUCGCGAUGUUUGGAGGAGGUUAUUCUCAGCAUGUCGUGACAAGGGUGUUCAAGUGGUCAAAAUAACCGAACGCUACAAAAGCUACAGCUGGUCUGUGCCCAAUACAAAUACAAAGUCAAUACCUCCGAAUUCUGAAGGCUUUUUCAAGCAAGUCUAUUUCUUGGAUGAUGUGGUGGUCCAAAAGUUUCGUGGCAUGUCCAUGUACCAACGAGUCACCGAGGUGGCCUGUUUAAUGAAAUUGAGGAACCUGCCGCAUAUGGCACAAUUACGAGAAGUGUUAUAUAAUGAUGAAGGAGAUGUGGUGGGAUUAUCUUUGGAAAGAUAUGAAGAAACGCUCAAGCAAUAUGCACAUGUGCACUCACAUCACCGGUUGUCGGCUCAUCAAAAGUAUCACAUCAUCCUCCAAAUGAUUAGAUGCAUGGAAGUGAUUCACGAGGCGGGUUUGGCGCAUCGCGAUCUUUCCGAAGUCAACUUUAUGGUGUCUCGACAAGAAGGAAAGCUCGAAGAUGGCAGCGAGAAAGUCUUGGUGUAUCUGAUCGAUUUCGGCAAAUCAGUCUUUUGUCGAGCGGAUGAUGUGCGUCAAUGGUUUGUGGAUGUACCAAGAGGACCAAACGAAUACAAGGACGAUGUUGUGCCUGAAUCAAAAGACGAAUUGGAUGAAUGGUGCAACAAUCUACCCUGGAUCAAGGCCAAACCUGAUCAUGGCUAUCGCAUGUAUAGAUCUAUACAAACAUUGCCAAAGACAAGGUCGCAUAGCCAAGUAUUGGAUUGGUUAAUCGAGCCGAUGGCUGAAGACAUGUACUCGAUUGGCGUGAUGAUAUGGAAGCUGUUUUCGGAUUCGGAGCCAUGGCGAGGCAUAUUGGAUUCGGAUUUGCAAGGACUGCGAUAUGCAGCCGAGGACGAUUAUCGGAUUGAACGACAAUUGGAAAGUGAUGUACAUGGUCCUGUGAGCCGCGAGCUAUUACUUAAAGCCAUACGAGUCCAUCCCAAGGACAGAGUGACAGCGGCGGAACUUCUUGCUUGGUAUGAGCAAGAACAUGUACGACAAGCAUUACUCGAAGAGUGGCAUACUUAUUCAUCUGAGAAGCGCUCAUCAAGAAAAGCAAAAAAGAUGUUUGGCUUUGAAGAAACGGAUGGUGGAGGUGCUGGCGGUGGAGGUGCUGGUAGCAGCAACAGCAAUCGUAAGCGACGAUAG